UGGAAAGCACAUGCACAGCAUAUAAGAGUGUGAUUACCCAUCACGGAAAAAUCCCAUCAAAAUGAUUAGGAGAAUGAGAUAAUCAUAGGAUAAAUCUUAGUGGAGCGAUCUCACUACUUUUGAGGACAUUUUGAUUUUGUCUUUCUAAAUUAAGUUCCAAGAUAGAGAGUUCAAGAAGAAUCACGUGUCAAUCUACUAGUAGGUAUAGUCCUAUUCAAUUUCAAAUUGACUUCUCAAUCUAUAUAUUUUUCCUGUUAUAGAUUGAGCAUUUCAAUAGUGGAGAGCUAUAUAUGGUGGGGGAGGCAAAGCAUGCAUUAACAUCAAAAACUGUAUCCAAAGCUGGAGAUAUAGAAGAAAAUGUACAUUUUCGUUGCUUUUUAACAGACCAAAUCAAUAGUGUUGUUUAUAUUACACCGCAUCAAUGACAAUGAUGAGACACUGAUGACAUUCAUAAAGGAGUCAUACUAUUAGUGGAAAAUAUUUGCAAUUAUGAGACAACAAAAGGCUAUGAGAUUUUGAACAUUCCUGACUGUGGGGAAUACGUUAUUAUUUAGCAUUGCUUAUAUAUUUAAAAUUUGUAUUUUCAUACAUCCAAUAUCAACCAAAACUGGUGAAACAAUCGUUGAGAAAUGCAAUCAUCCCAACUUCAUGAUGCUAGUUAAUUCAUGAGUAUCUCAUAUACCUUGACUAAUAUAUAUCUUUCCAGAAAAUCAAAAUUGGAUAUCAACUAACAUAAAAAGGUAUUUGGAUCGAGAUUAUCAAAUCUAAUUUUCACAAUAUAUGGCCGGUCCCCACCACUUCAAGCACGCACCAAGGACUCUCACUGCCUAUAAAUUUGACAUUUUUUCCAUAAGUAAAACUCAAACAAAAAAAAAAAAAAAACAAAAAAAAAAAGAUUGCAAUGGCUACUAUAGUUUGGUGUAACAUUGCCAUUUUCUUGUUGGUCUUGUUCUUUCUUGCUGACAAUGCUAUUGUUGUUCUUGAUGCCUUGCACAACGUCCCCAAUAAUAUCAAGAACCAACCUUACCGAACCGGUUAUCAUUUCCAGCCUCCCAAAAAUUGGAUGAACGAUCCUAACGGGCCUAUGAUAUACAAAGGAAUCUACCAUCUAUUCUACCAAUGGAACCAAAACGGCGCCGUCAUGGACGUAAAUGAAACCGUAUGGGGCCAUGCAACGUCAACGGAUCUAAUCAACUGGAUCACACUUUCUCCAGCAAUCAAACCAUCUCGACCGUCCGAUAUCAACGGAUGCUGGUCAGGCUCCGUCACGAUUCUCACCAAUGGCAAACCCGUAAUUAUUUACACCGGUAACGACCGUUAUAACCGUCAGGUCCAAAACCUAGCUAAACCUAAAAACCUCACCGAUCCAUAUCUCCGUCACUGGACAAAAUCGCCGGAAAAUCCCCUUGUGACACCUAACGCCGCCAACCACAUCAACUCCACCGCGUUUCGUGAUCCAACCACCGCGUGGCUAGGCCGUGACAAGCGUUGGCGUAUAACCACUGGAAGCCAAGAAGGUCGCCGUGGAUUAGCGAUUCUACACACGAGCCGCGAUUUCGUACGAUGGAAGCAAUCUCCGAAGCCUCUUCAUUACCACGAAGGUACCGGAAUAUGGGAGUGCCCUGAUUUUUUCCCGGUGUCGAGAACUGAUUCACGCGGCCUCGAUACGUCGUCGUCUGCUGGGCCGAUGAUUAAACACGUGCUUAAAGUGAGCUUAACAGAUACUUUUCGUGAUUACUACACGAUUGGUACGUACGAUGAAGUGAGAGAUGUCUACGUACCGGACAAGGGUUUUGUUCAGGACGAAACGGCUCCGAGAUACGAUUACGGCAAAUUUUACGCGUCGAAGACAUUUUACGACUCGGUUAAUCAACGGAGGAUUUUGUGGGGUUGGGUUAACGAGUCGUCGCCGGAGAAAGAUAACAUCAAGAAGGGUUGGGCUGGUUUGCAGGCUAUUCCUAGGGAAGUAUGGCUUGAUAAAUCAGGCAAGAGAUUGGUGCAAUGGCCGGUUAAGGAAAUAGAGAGGUUACGUACAACGCAAGUCAAGUGGGUAAACAAAGUUUUGAAAGGAGGAGGAUCGGUCAUAGAGGUUCAUGGAGUCACAGCUUCACAAGCAGAUGUGGAGGUUUUCUUUAAAGUGAGUGGUUUAGACUUAGAGAAAGCAGAUGUGAUUGAACCGGGCUGGACCGAUCCACAAUUGAUUUGCAGUGAGAAGAAUGCAUCGUUUGUUAAUUCCGGUUUAGGUCCAUUCGGUUUAAUGGUUCUUGCUUCCAAGGACAUGGAAGAGUAUACAUCGGUCAAUUUCAGAAUCUUUAGAGCUCGUGGGAAUAAUAAGGAGCACCUAGUGGUCAUGUGCAGUGACCAAAGCAGAUCAAGUUUAGAGAAAGGGAAUGAUAAAACAACAUAUGGUGCUUUUAUGGAUAUCUCUCCUUAUCAACCAAUCUCUCUCAGGACUUUGAUUGAUAAAUCAAUAGUGGAGAGCUUUGGUGGAAAAGGGAAAACAUGUAUUACCUCAAGAGUUUAUCCAAAAUUGGCAACAGGAGAAAGAACACAUCUCUUUGCUUUUAACAAGGGAUCUCAAAAUGUUGAUAUCUUAAGCCUAAGUGCUUGGAGCAUGAAGUCUUCUCUUUAAAAUCAGUUCUUGAGAUAUAAGUAUUGAGAGAGAUUCUUGAAAGUCUUGGUCAUGUAUCUGUAAUAAAUAAAUUAGAGAAAAUGAAGAAGCACUCUUUCAAUU